AUGUGUAUGCGAUCUCUGACGACGCAGUCUCCCUCGAACUGGAGCGACUCUUCACCGUCGUCGCCGCGCUCGCUCGUUGCCGGUGCGUCCGUGUCGCAGUCGCCCAGUGCGGCUGGAGCCGCGGCUCACGCGUGUGCGGUGGGGUCGAUCCGCAAGCGUGUGGUGCGCGCCUGCGAGGUGUGUCGCCGCAAGAAAGUCAAGUGCAACGGCCAGAAACCGUGCAGCCACUGCAUCUCGUUUGCCGAGGAGUGCAUCUACGUCGACGUCAAGGACCGCUCCGCCUACAGCAGGCGCUACGUCGAGUCGCUCGAGCUAAGACUCGCCAAACUCGAACACGCCUGGUCGGUGAUGCUCCAGCACCGCUGCCAUCCGCACUGCCGUCGUGCACUCGGCCAGACAGAUGCGCCCGAUGGCCAGGCUUUUGACUCGAGACCGACGUGGAAGACAGCUUCGGCCUUGGCGCAACUUGCAGUCCCGAGCCAGACCGAGUCAGAUGCGGUCGCACUACCCAUGCUUUCCGCUACGCACCUCAUCGCUCAAACAAGUGCGGCGGUCCAAGUUCUGCAUCCCAGCAGACAGCUACUACUACCAACGUCUCGAAGCAAGACAAAGGACGAGGCACCGCAAGCUUUAACGCUACUUCCGCUACCGGAGGGCGCCAAAUUCUUCGCGCUGCUCGAGUGCUACGCCCUCCGCGUGCACCCGUUCUUCCCCGCCGUCUCGCUGGCCGAGGCGCAGAGCGCCUGGGACCGUGUGUCGUCCUCCUCGCCCCUGCCGAGCGUGUUGGACGCCGAGGCAGUGGCGCUUGUAUACGCGAUCAUGUCGUGCGCGUCGCAAGCCGCGAUGCCGGCGUGCACCGAGAACCUCAACACAUACGGCUCAUCGGCUCAAUACGAUGCGCAAGCUCGACUGUGGACGAGCUUCUUCGCCGAGCCCACCACCACAUCAACUCGACAGCUACACGGUCUGCAGGCGUUGACCCUGCUAGCAUAUGCUGCUGCUGCACGUGGAGAGGCAGACAAUGCGCGCAGACACAUCGACCACGUGUAUAGCCUAACAUCUGCCUUGGCACAGCCAAGCUGCGACGAAAGCCAGCAAGGCGUGGCCGGCGUGCUGCGGCUGAUUCCUGUGCUGCAGAUGCUGGUGGAUGGUCUGCAGAGUCGGAUCGGACCGGUAUGGCAUCUCCCGAGCGAGCUCGCUCAAGGCAGCAGCCCCGCUGAUCUUGCAAGUGAACUUGCCGAGCUGGCCUCGCUGUGCAGUACCACCGGAUCAGUCGGCCGCACGAUGGUCGAACUCGUCUCCUCUCCGCCGGGCGAGACGGUAGCAAAGCAGAGGGUGGUGGAGCAGGAGAGCCUGUUGGAAUCGUGGUACGAUCGACUUCCGCUCUCCUUCCGAUCGUCGCCCGGUGCGCAAAGUGAGCCGAUUUCGGCAGCUGCUAGUUGUAUCGCCUUCGUGUCGCUGCAGCACGCCCGGCUGCGGUUGCACCUCGCGCUAAUGCACAGUCAAGACCAGGCUGGUGGCGAGCAGGAUGCGACUCGAUGCAUGCAGCUGGCGAUGCACACACUGCGCGCAUCCGACACAGUUCUGCGAUUCCCACCACCAAGUCCGUGGCUUGCGCUCCAUUUGCAGUGCUACACCAUGGCAGCAGCGUUUGUACUCAAGAGGAUGGUGCACGAGCCGGCUUCAGCUGCGGCCAGGAUCGUGGCCGAGGUAGAGGCCACUUUGACCGGCAUUCGCCGAUCGGCCGAGAUCAUAGAGGGCGCAAAGGAGAUGGUUGAUGAUCUCGACUUGCUGUGUUCGCACAUUCGAGCAGCGUUCCAGAUCGCACCGGACCAAGACAGGAAACGGUCGUCGUACGUGCAGGUACUCGACGAAUCCACCGCCAAACGAGUCCGCACCGAGCAGUCCGACGCAACAGAUCCCACAGCCGAGACCGUUGAAGCUUGCAUGCCAGCGCACGCUUCGACGCACGCCUCUAUCAAUGCUAGCUUGGGCUCGCCUGCCCACUCCUGGCCCAGCAACGCCGUGGUGCCAGUAGGCGAACUGACACUGACCGAUCUCUGGCCGUCGUCCACCCUGCCUGCACUCGGCGUCGCGCAGCAAGCACCUCCCACCUCAGCGAACGACGUCGGCGCAUGCUCGGCCCAGGCCCAGGCGGAUCUCGUCGCCGGCCUCCUCGAAGGCCUCAUUGGUCACCACCAGCAUCUGCGUCCAAGUCUCUAG